UUUACAUUUCCCAGGUGGUCCUGACGACGUUAACUUGGAGCUUCCGGAAAACGGCCGGGCAAGAAGGUUCGGAAGAUUGGUGCCGUUCCAUGGACACGUCGAUGGGCAAACAUAAACUGGAAACCUGCAAAUGGCUGAAGAAGGAAAACGGAACCGUUCUCGUUUUCUGCAGUUUGUACUAUCAUUAUCGCUUCCACUGUCGUUCGAUAUUCCACACCCGCACCAAGUGGUUCGUCGUUCGUUUAGUUUUUCGGUUGCGUCCGGAAGAGCGGAAGCGCAGUAGCGAAGAGCAUCCCCUAUUUCUCCACUUCGCGCGAUUAAAGAGCGUAAAACACGUGGACAAUUUAGAGCCACCUUUGAACGCUCGACCUUUAUGCAUAGAAGAGAUAAAGAAAGGGAUGUUGAAAGAAUACGACAUCAAGAUAUCUUUUUGGAAUUAUACGUCCAGCGUCUUCAGUCACUUGGUCUCUCCCUCUCUCGAUCUGUCGGAAUUGGGUGAGAACGCGGUUCCCUGUCCGCACCGAGUCGUCAUAGAUCCGACUUUGUUCUUGCAAACUCUGGACGGUUCCGAAGUGAGUCACUCGCUAACUCUGUGGACGAAGAUGCUGAAUCCUUAUCUGUCGGUGGCAACAAUCGAAAAAGCUACUUUCACCUUAAGCGAAGACGUGAAAGCGCUACCUUUGCCCUUUCCCCCAGAAUUCGACUCCAUCGACGUGCGGAGCAUCAGCUGCGAUUCUUGCGGGUUCACUUCCUUACGUAACGGUAACUUUCCCCGUUUUACCACCUUGCGCGUCUUGCGUUUUCCUUACAACAAAAUCGGCUGGAUCGAGUCCGAGGCCUUCCUCGUCCUUCCCAACUUGACGCAUUUAAACUUGGCGGGAAACCCCCUUUCGGGUUUCCCGUCGGCCAUCUUUUCCAUGCCUCGUCUCUUCUUCUUGAAUUUCGACCACGUGUCUCCGCCCGGCAAUUUUUUUGCUUUAUUACCCAAAGACGUUGCUCGGACAACCCCCUUGAAGUCUGUUCUGAAUCUGCAAGGAACUCCCCUUCAGUAUCUUCCGGACGAUUCCUUCGCUCGUUUUUUCCCCUUGGUUCUAAAACUGAGACAAUGCAAAAUCGGGAAGAUCUAUUCCGGGGCUUUUCGGGGAUUGACCGGGUUAACUACCCUGGACUUGUCCUCGAACGUCAUUAUGAAGUUAGACGUUGGAAUUUUCCGGGAUUUAAAAAACUUGACUACUUUGAUUUUAAACGAGAACCGCGUGGAGUCGGUCGGAGAGUCACUUUUUCGUUCUCUUCGCCGACUCAGAGUUUUGCAUCUUUCCGGAAACCUGAUAAAACAACUUCCUUCCGGUAUUUUCCGAAAUUUAAAGCAAUUACGACGCAUCGAUCUGAGUGGUAACAAACUGACGUUCUGGAAAUCGGACACCUUCGCCGCUCUGCCCCGUCUGCGAAAUUUGAGUCUGAUCGACAACUUAGUGGCCGUGUUGGAACAGUCGAUGAUCCGCGACGUCAAACACGUGCGAAGAGUGCAGCUGUACGAAAAUCCUUUCGACUGCAAUUCCUGUCAUUUGCCUUCGAUGAUCGACUGGGUGCGAAAAGACGCCCCCGUCUCGGAAUACGACAAAUACCUUUGCAGUUUUACCAAAGAAAGUCAGGAUCGCAUUUUAUUGAUAAACGCCACCUAUCGACUGGAUCUGUGCGUCGUCGUUCCCGUUAACUACUUGGUCCACGUGGGUAUUCCUGCGCUGGCUUUAACAUUUCUCCUCUUUUUGUUUUCGUUCGCGGGCUACAAGUAUCGCUGGUAUGUCAGAUAUUUCGUAUUCUACGUUCGCUUGAGAAUUUCUAAUAACGAUGAGACGAAGAAUCCCGACAGUUAUUUAUACGACGUCUUCAUUUCGUACAGUUUCAAAGAUAUAGAAUUUGCCAAGAAGCUAGUGGUAAAGAUAGAGGACGACUUCGGCCUGCGCGUGUGCAUAGACCAGAGGGACUUCCUGGCCGGCAACGACAUAACCGACAACAUCGUGCACAGCAUCGACAAUUCCAGAAAAGUGGUUUUCGUUCUUUCCCAAAACUUCGUACGCAGCGAGUUUUGCAAAUUCGAAAUGAAACUGGCGCAGCACCGACUGUUCGAAACCAACAAUUCUCUGGUAUUGCUGAAAUACGGCACCAUCCCGGACGAAAUCGUCAGCAAGAAGCUGCGCUACCUGAUGAAGACCAGAAAGUACAUCGAGUGGCACCAAGCCGAAGAUUCUGCUCCUCUCUUUUGGCUGCGCUUGAACGAUGCACUGAAGAGAAACGUCUCCUCCGAUAACGAUCAAAGUUUUAUUUAGGAGUGCGCUUUUACCUUUCGUCUCAACUAACGAGUUCUGUAUUUGCAGCGUAAAGUUUGCCUAUGGGUCGAACAUUGAACUUUUUUACAUAUUUUUUGAGAUGGUUUUUUCAUUUUCUUUAAUAGCUUAAAUUUUUAAUUUUUACAUCGAGAUAUAAUUAGCAAUGGUAAGGUUUAUAUGGUAAUGUUUGAAGCAUUUUAAAUAUUUUUUACGAUAUUAUUUUUAUAUUUAUUUACACAAAUUAGUAAUGUGGUAGGAAAAUUCAACAGAUUGAUUUUAACUAAGCUCAUUCCUCGUCUACGGGUAGUUUCGAAAAAGUAGAGUUAGUAACGCGGUACGUAGGGAAGCGAAGAAACAAAGGGAAUAACAAAACGAGGUCCUGCGGUGGCAUCUUUUGUGUAGCGAUACUCGACACAAAAGAAACCGACAUCAUUACGCAUAGAAUCGCCGAUUACAACUCGGUUACUUACUUUCUUAAGUAUGUUUUAUAAGCGGAAAAAAAUUUAUCUAAUUCGACGCCCUAAUAAACUUAUUAUAGGACUAAGCAGUUUGAUAUUUCUGUUUCUAUCGAAUUCGUUUUUGUUUUUGAGACUUAUUUCACUAUAUUAAACACUUCAUUAUUGUAUAUAAUAGUGUAUACCAUCACAGUUUUUAUUGAUAUAUUUCGGUAUCUACCACUGUAUACAUAGUGGGAACAAGCGCAUUUCGAUCUUCUUAGUAGGCCUACAGCCUAUUACUUAAACAUACAUGACAGAAAUAAUUACAAUAAUGACAGAAAGGCCAAUGUCACUAUUUUCUCUACUGUAUCGAUACAGAUUAUUUUGAACUUUUCAAGUAUUUCACUCACUGGAAACCAAUGUUUCAUUCUUCUGAUUGAGAAAAGUUUUUUUUUCGCAAAUUUAUUCAAUUAU